CUGGUGGCGGUAACGAGCGGCAACGUCACUGUGACCUCACAAACAUGGCGGCGGCCGUUGGCAGGUAUAGCUGGUUCGUUUCCGUUUCUAGAAAAGUGGGAAGUUAUCUAUUCAAUUCAUCACUUUUCAUCGCCCAGGCGGCGACGUGCACUAACAAGAUGGACUCUGUGAGACCAACCAAGCUGGAGUUUGCAGUGCAGAUGACAUGUGAGAGCUGCGCAGUUAAAGUCCGAGCUGCUCUGGAGGGUAAACCAGGAGUGACGUCUGUCAGUAUCGAUGUUGGUAAGGAGCAGGUGUUGGUAGAAUCGUCUCUGACCAGUGCAGAAGUGCAGGCUCUGAUAGAGACCACUGGACGCAGGGCUGUGCUGAAAGGCAUCGGAGGGUUAGAGCAAGACCUGGGUUCAGCAGUGGCCAUGCUGGCUGGUGUGGGAAAGAUCCAAGGGGUGGUGCGUUUCCUGCAGCUGUCUGAGGAGCGUUGCUUGAUCGAUGGGACAAUCGAUGGAUUGGAGCCUGGACCCCACGGCCUCCAUGUCCACACCCUGGGGGACCUCACACUUGGCUGUCUUAGUUGUGGAGAGCACUAUAACCCCUUUGGAAGACAACACGGUGGUCCAGGGGACUCUGAAAGGCAUGUAGGCGAUCUGGGAAAUAUUGUGGCUGGACCAGAUGGCAGAGCCUCAUUUAGACAAGAGGACCGUCAGCUAAAGGUAUGGGAUGUGAUUGGCCGAUCGUUGGUGGUGGAUGCAGCAGAGGACGACAUGGGUAGAGGAAAUCACCCUCUCUCCAACCAGACUGGGAACUCUGGGGAAAGACUGGCCUGUGGGAUCAUCGCCCGAUCAGCAGGUCUUUUCCAAAACCCCAAACAGAUUUGUGCCUGUGACGGGGUCACGCUGUGGGAGGAGAGAGACAGGCCGAUUGCUGGGAAAGGUCGAAGCAAGGCCAACACAGAGACACCGGCAGCACACCUCUGAGCCUCGUACAUAAACAAAUGCCGUAUCUGGAACUUGUGCCGGGGAGUUUGAACAGAAGGGGCUCCUUGGACAGAAAUGCAGAGGUCAGAGCUGACGUAGGACAAAGCACUGAGAAAUAUGUUUCCACACAGCUGGACAGACGACUAAAGAAAAAUGGCCUUACUUUCAUGAUUUUCUUUUCUCUGGAUAAAAUCUAAUCCUCUUGCAGUCCCAGUUACUGUCCUGGGAGGAUUUAAAAAUCACUAAAGCAGAUUAAAACCGCCCGGGACUUUGUGAAAGUCACCAUUUUAUUAGCUAGAUGUCCGUUAAUACUGUUAAAUGUUUGUAUAACCAGUUGCCUCUGACACAACUGUUUCAUAACUGUCUAAAUUAAUGUACUGGCUGCCUGGCAGGAAUGCCUUUCAGUUGUAAUGAUUUAGAUUUUUUUUUGGGGGGGAUGACAAAGUGCUGUCAUGCUAAUGUUCAGGAUAUUUAUGGUCACAAAGCCCUCCGGCUGCAAUAGGCCCAAUGCGCAGGAUGCAUCUCAGCCUUAGGCUGUGUUCACAUACACUUAGGCGGUCCGUCUGAAUCGCAAGUCUUCCUAUUAAGUUGAGGUGGAUUCAGCUUUUGGAGAAACGCAACCCGGUGUUACCCUGCAUUGGCCAAUUAUAUAACAGACAGUCCCUAGUCUUGAGGCGGGGGGAGACUCCUGUACAGUAGGCGGUAAACCUCACUGCCUCUAUUGCUGCCACAGGAAAGUUUA